AUGUCUGAUGAUCUUCAAGCUAGCGCCGCUGUAGGCGAUGCUACCAAUCCCUGCUCUUUGGUGCAUCAAUUUUUCACCACUGAUACGAGCUUCAUCCAGGAGACCCCUGGAGACCUUUUCGAUGCACCGGAUGGUGCAGCAAUUAUCCACGCAUGUAACUGCAAGGGAGCCUGGGGCGCCGGCAUCGCAGCCAUAUUUCGGAAGAACUACCCUGCCGCGUUUGAAGUCUACGUCCAGCACUGCCGGGCUUUCAAAGAAUCCCCUUCCUCUCACAACAUUUAUGACCUUGUAUAUUCGAGAGUAUCCCGUUUCCGUUCGGUAAAUCUUCCUCUCGGCACCGCACUCAUUAUCCCACCCCAGGAGAGGGACAUUGCUAUCCACUCCCGUCGCCACUGGGUUGUUUGUCUCUUUGCCUCUGACGGCUACGGCCGUCACGUCGAUUCCUCGGAGAAGAUUUUGAGCAGCCUCUCUGCUGCUCUGAAGCACCUCAACGAGCAACUUAUAUUGCUGAGAAUGCAAGCCCAACGCACCGGAAGCGAACACCCUCUGUCUCUGUAUUCCAAUCGGUUCUGUACCGGGCUGUUCCACGUGCGCUGGGAACUAAUUUGUGAUAUGAUCAAUUCCAUUGGUCUACCGAUCAAUGUCUGUUUCCCUUACACGGCUAGCACCACUGGUGGUCGUCGCGGUCGUCUCCCCGUGCGCUUGCGCUCCACUGAGGGGAAUGAGACUGGUGGUCAGUGA